CCAGGAAAUGUGAAAAUGCCUAAUGUACCCAGUACCCAGCCAGCAAUAAUGAAGCCAACAGAAGAACCACCUGCUUACACACAAAUUGCAAAGGAGCAUGCCUUGGCCCAGGCAGAACUGCUAAAGCGUCAAGAAGAACUGGAAAGGAAAGCAGCUGAACUAGAUCGCAGAGAAAGGGAAAUGCAGAGUCUCAAUCAGCAGGGGGGUAGAAAAAAUAACUGGCCACCUCUUCCUGAGAAUUUUCCAGUAGGUCCUUGUUUCUACCAGGACUUUUCUGUAGACAUUCCUGUAGAAUUCCAGAAGACAGUAAAGAUUAUGUACUAUUUGUGGAUGUUCCAUACAGUGACACUGUUUCUUAAUAUCUUUGGAUGUUUGGCCUGGUUUUACGUUGAUGCUACACGAGGGGUUGAUUUUGGAUUGAGUAUUCUCUGGUUCUUGCUUUUUACCCCUUGUUCUUUUGUCUGCUGGUACAGACCACUUUAUGGAGCUUUCAGGAGUGACAGUUCAUUCAGGUUCUUUGUAUUCUUCUUUGUAUAUAUCUGUCAGUUUGCUGUACAUGUACUCCAAGCUGCAGGAUUUCAAAGAUGGGGAAACUGUGGGUGGAUUUCAUCUCUUACUGGACUUAACAAGAGUAUUCCUGUUGGCAUUAUGAUGAUAAUCAUAGCUGCACUUUUCACAGCAUCUGCUGUUAUCUCAUUAGUUAUGUUCAAAAAGGUGCACGGUCUCUACCGCACGACUGGUGCUAGUUUUGAGAAAGCGCAGCAGGAGUUUGCCACGGGAGUGAUGUCCAACAAGACUGUACAAACCGCUGCAGCCAAUGCCGCAUCAACAGCAGCAACCAGUGCAGCUCAAAAUGCAUUCAAGGGUAACCGAAUGUAGGGAAACCUGAAAAGUCAUCAUGGUUCUCUUCGAUUGUGCUUUAUUUUCCAGUCACUUAUUAUAUUACCUACAAGCCUAGAUCAAAAUUUACACAGCAUGUUUGUCUCUUCUGCAGCUGUGCGUGGGUAAAAUGGGAAAUGUUUGGUUUAUUUUAUUAUAAAUUUAUUUAUUUUAAAAAUAUAACCAUUCUUUGCCCUUCUUUAAGAUGUUGCAUUCUAGAAUAUAAAGCCUUCCGUAUUUUAUGGAGGAUGAAUAAUUUCAACAGUUGGUCUGAGAAUGAAUUGUGGUAUAUAAUGAUCAAAUAAAUAUAUUCAGAAU